GGCAGGAACACGUCAAAAAGGAAACUUUUUCUUUCCCUUCACUUCCCUUUACUUCAAUCUUAAGACAGUUCCUAUUUCUCUUUAAGAAAAGACUUUUCUAGAAUUGAUUCUCAAGAUCCUUUUGACCGUUUCUCCAACAUUCUGGUGCAUCGUUAUUCUUCUCAUUAGACGGGGGUUUCUCCUAAAGGAUAUUAAUUUAUUCACUUCUAAUCCCUUCAUUCGUCAUUCAUUCAUUCAUUGGGUUUUCUAAUACUUUUAUGUCUUGAAUUCGCCCAGAGAUACUCAAUUCCUCGUGGUCGUCGUCCUAAUUGAUACAAGAUCAUUGUUUAUAAGUUGCAUUUUCGCGCUGUAAAUAACUUCUCUAGCGAAUUUCCACUUCUUCGAAAAGAACACGCGACAUCUACAUCGCACUGUCGCAGAUUCAAUUAAAGUCAACAUCCCGUCCAUCACAAUCGCAGUUUUGUCGCUAUGUCGUCAAGUGGAUUAGAUAUGAAGGCAUUUCCCUUCCCAACAAUUGACAAGCCAUUCGGCGUGGAAUUAUGGCCCAUCUUCGAUAAGGUAUUCACCGCGGUGAAAGGUUACCAUCCCCAAGACUUCGAUUUCCAACCACGAGUUACACCUAUGUCGACAUUGAAGGAGAGUGGCUUCACAAUUCUGGCAUACUAUGUAAUAAUAUUCGGUGGAAGGGAGUUAAUGCGAAAUCGACCAGCCUUCAAACUCAAUGGUCCUUUCAUGAUUCACAACUUUUACCUCACGGCUAUCAGCGCCAUCCUUUUGGCACUCUUUGUUGAGCAAUUGGUACCCACAGUCUACAACCAUGGUCUUUUCUACGCCAUCUGCGAUGUCAGAGGUGGUUGGACUUCUCCCUUGGUUAUUCUCUACUAUCUCAAUUACCUCACAAAAUACCUCGAAUUGAUUGAUACCGUUUUCCUCGUCUUGAAGAAAAAGCCAUUGACUUUCCUUCAUUGCUAUCACCACGGUGCCACUGCCCUCUUGUGUUACACUCAACUCAUUGGAUUGACUUCGGUGUCGUGGGUCCCAAUUACUCUCAACCUCAUGGUUCACGUUGUUAUGUACUGGUACUAUUUCCAAAGCGCGCGUGGAAUCCGCAUUUGGUGGAAGGAAUGGAUCACCAGACUCCAAAUUAUUCAGUUUGUCAUUGAUCUUGGCUUCGUUUACUUUGCAUCCUACACCUACUUCACAUCAACUUACUUCCCCAACAUGCCAAGUGCAGGCCACUGCGCUGGUGAAGAAUUUGCGGCUUUCGCUGGUAUGGGUAUUCUCAGCUCUUACCUUUUGCUCUUCAUCUCCUUCUACUUCGCAACCUACAAGAAGGACGGAAAGCGCCCCACAGGUCGCAAGGCUGCUCGAUCCUUGGUCGAUGCCAAAGUUCCGGAUGUCGCCACACUUACACACGGAAAGAUCAAUGCAGGCCCUGCAAAUGCUCGUGCAACAGGUGUAAGCCCAGCUCGUCCAGCGACCCGCUCCCGCAAGGCAUAAAUCUGCACUUCGGGAUACGACUCUACACAAUCGGUACGACCGCGAUAGUCGAUCCGAUUAUGCGAUAAAUGAUAAUGGAUAGUCAACUCGCAGCCUCUUUUGAAGCGAGUGCACAAACUUCUUUGAGAAUUAAAAGUUUCUCCUUGUAUAAUGGUUUUUUUUGGGUGGCACGACACAUAGUGAGACGUGGCGUCGCUUCUACAACCUUUUUUUAUCUAUGUUAUGGAAAGAAAUACACAUAAGUAACGAAUGCCAUUGCCGAGCAAAUGACAGGAUGGGUGGCUUGGGCGGACCUAGAAAAAGAGCAAUUCAGAUUUCAACAACCCUAUUUUAAAACUUAGUACUCCCUUCUUAAUAUUCGUUUCUUGUAUGUUGUAGGGCAAUGGUUGUUGGUUGUCAUUCAAUGAGUUAAGACAUCGGCGUGUGGGUGCGGUGAAUGGGAAAAUGAAGUGAACGAUAGCAUAAUAGACAGACGAAAAUUUCAUGAACCA